CUUAGUGGAAAGCGCCACGAGCUUCUGCGCCGAUGAUUCAGGGCUGAAUGCAGAUCUACCCUCACCUUGCCAGCGCAGAGUGAAGAUUGUCUUGUUCUGAGCCAUGGAGCCAUCAAGAGGCCCUGUUGCUCAUCGCAGCGAUAGCAGCUCUUGCUGUUCCAGCAGCCGCCCGCAAAGCGGGAGAGGACGACCCUCGAAGAGGCGACUUCAUCUCGUCUUUCGGCUGUGCCUCACUGCUGCCGUCGCAUCUGCUUUCCAGCCGUCCAAUCAUGCCUUCCACCAUCCUCCUUCGCUCGUGCGGCGGCCGUCAGCAAGGCGGCCGCGUGCUAUGGUGUCUGCGAGAAGGGGACCCCUCUCUCUCUGGAUGAAGAGCUCAGACGAGCGGUCAGCGUCACUCCUUACGAGUGGAGGAGAGAAGAAGGAGCCCGCAUCGUUGUUGGGUAAAGCGGCUGCUGAUUCAUCUUUCACCGGUCCUUUCGUCCGCUGGUUCAAGCGCCGCGCUUUGCUGGGUGUGGAGCCGUCACCCGAGCUGGCCGCCAUCCUUAUCGUCUAUUUCGUCCAAGGUGCGUCCGGCCUCGCCCGCCUGGCGACCUCGUUCUUCUUCAAAGACGACCUGCAGGUGUCGCCGGCUGAGGUGGCUGCCCUUACGGGGCUGAUCUACCUGCCCUGGUUCAUCAAACCUGUCUAUGGCUUUCUGUCGGACGCUGUGCCGAUCGCCGGAUACAGGCGGCGGAGCUACCUCGCCUUGUCGGGUGUGCUUGGCGCCGCUGCGUGGCUCGCACUGGCCAACCCAGACCUUGUCAACACACCCGCCACGGUCAGUGAGCGCACGAGACUCUGGUCUUUGUUUUGAAUGAUGGAUGGAUGGAUGUGUGCAGGCGCUGGCGGCGUGCAUAUUGACGAACUUGAGUGUGGCUGUGGCUGACGUGGUGGCCGACAGCCUGGUGGUGGAGAGGACGCGUGACGGCCCGCCGGAGGCCACUGCCGGAUCGCUGCAGUCACUCUGCUGGGGCAGGUGAGGACACACAAGGGAUGACACCCAAAACGACUCCAUCUGAUUUCUUUGGCUGCCUCCUUCCGCUCAGCUCUGCGAUCGGUGGUCUGUUGACGGCCUACUCGUCCGGCUCUCUGCUGUCGUCACUCACCUCGCGGCAGGUGUUCGGUCUGACGGCGGUAUUCCCGCUGCUGGUGCUCUUGAUGGCCUUCCUCAUCAACGAGAAGCCCGUCCACUUCGUCACCAACAACGGCGAUAGCAGCAAAGGCGGGGCAUCCCCACAGGUGAGGAACGUGGCCGUGUACGAGCAGGGCAAAGGGCAGGGCAGAGAGCUGACUGUGACUGAGGAGCUGGCGGAGCAGGCCAAGCGGCUGUGGUCGGCCGUCAAGCGGAAAGAGAUCCUGCUGCCCACCCUCUUCCUCUUUCUCUUUCGCGCCACACCGAGCAGCGACAGCGCCUUUUUCUUCUUCCUCACGAAUGACAUCAAACUGAGCCCCGAGUUCCUCGGUCGAGUGCGGCUCGGAACCAGUGCCGGCAGCCUGGUCGGCGUGUGGCUGUACAACACUUUUCUGAAGGAGGUGCCCAUCAAGAAGCUGCUCGUGGGGACCACGCUGGCCUCCCUGCCCAUCGGCCUGAGUCAGCUGCUGCUCAUCACACACGUCAACCGAGACCUGGGCAUUCCCGACACCUGGCUGUGCUUCGGCGACGAUGUGGCGGCCACAGUGCUGGGGCAGCUGGCAUUCCUACCCACCCUUGUGCUCGCAGCGCAGCUCUGCCCUCCUGGUGUUGAAGGCACCUUGUUUGCCACUCUGAUGAGCAUCUUCAACGCGGCUGCCGGUGUGGGCACCGAGCUGGGCGCCGUGCUGACAUCGGCCUUUGGCGUGACCGACUCGGACUUCACCAACCUGGGCGCGUUGGUGACCCUCUGCAACGUCAGCAGCCUCUUCCCUUUGCUGUUUAUCAACCUGCUGCCCGACGGACGGCCGCAGUUGAGUAACCGUGAUGGUGAAGACACAAGUGCAAAGGGAGCAGAAGGGAGUAGUGGGAGUGACGGCCGAGAGGCCGAGGGAGGGCGGGUGAAUGGGUUGGCGGAGGGGAGGGAAAAGGCGAUGGAUAAGGUGGGGCGUGACUGAGCCAUACAUACAUGCGCAUACUGACUGACGACCGUACGUGGGUUGGACGUCCGUGUGUGAGGCCCAUCGCCUGUUUUGUCAUGAGUUCUUCUGACGGCUGCUGGCGUGUGUGCGAGUUGGUUGUGUGCAUGUGUCGGCGACGACCGAAUGUGCAUAUGUACAAUAGUGAGUGGACACUCACAUGUCUGUGUCGGAGGCGUCUGUAGAUUUUCUGCCGUUCUAGAACGACCAACUAAA